AUGUCUGAGACUGAGUCUGAGUCUGAGUCUGAGCACUCUGGUGAAACCUCAAACGCAAAGGAGGCUAAGGCCAAAAUCACCCGAUCUUCCCGGGCUGGGCUGCUGUUCUCUGUCAGUCGCAUAGACAGAUUGCUCCGCAAAGGACGGUUUACAGAUCGUGUUGGAGCUGGAGCCCCAGUAUAUAUGGCCGCAGUGCUUCAAUACCUGACUCACGAGAUUGUGGAUAUUGCUGGAGAAGUUGCUACACGCAAUAAGAAGCGUCGGAUUUCCCCAUGGCACUUGCAGCUGGCCAUCCACAGUGACUCAGAGCUCAAGAAACUGCUGGGAGGUGUCACCAUCUCUCAGGGUGGGGUCCUGCCCUUAAUUCAGCCUGUGGUUUUAACUUCCAAGAAGAGGAAUAGCAGGAGAGCCAUCAAGAGAAGACUUGCCCCUGUUCCUGUCCCUGUUAAGUGA